AUGCGCGUAGAGUUGAAAGACAUUCCAUGGGGAGAUAACUCUAGUUGCCUUAGCGCCUCUAAGGCAUUGAGACUUGACCCAGACUUAGGAAAGAAGCUGAAAGAAAUGAUAAUAAUGGGAGGAAACGUUCAAGGUAAAGGAAACACCUCUCCUGCAGCUGAGUUCAACUUUCACAGUGAUCCAGAGGCAGCCCAUGUAGUGCUGAAGGAGAUUGGAUGUCCCAUUCUAAUGGUUCCCUGGGAGACUUGUGCUGACAAUGGACAAUCCUGGACGUGGACAGAAAAGUGGCUGAAAACAGACACGAGAAAAGGACGUUUUCAAAACGGCAUUGUACAACAUUCUAUUGGACGUUUGAAAGCUGCUAAUAGGUCACAUUAUAGAUCAUGUGACUUAUUGGCAAUGGCCUUUAUCAUUGACCGAUCGGUUGCCACGGAGACAGAGGAAUUAUAUGGGGAAGUGGAGAUGGGAGGCAGUAUGACACGUGGGCAGCUUGUCUGUGAUUGGAGACAAGUCUUGGGUCGAAAGGUCAAUAUUAAGGCUGUUACUGCUGUCGAUAUAGAUAAGGCCAGAGUAUUGUAUGAUGCCAUGCUUAAGUGACCACUUACUGACCACUGGUCAUUGUUAAAGCUCAGAAAGGUUACUUGGGGGUGGUAGUUGAUAGAGCCAAGUUAAAAUUAUCCCAGAAUUUCUUUUAUAUAUUAUACAUGUAGAUUUGGUUGAUUAUUAAACAGUAUGCUCAUUGCAUGUACACCUGUAUUUAUCACCAACUUUUAUAUUUGCAUUUGUGUGUGUGUGUGUAUGUGUGGUAAGGUUCAAAUUUAAUUCAGUUAAUGAUUUUUUCAAAAAUAUACUUUAUUUUCCCCUAGCAACGAUAGCCCAUACGUACAUGCACGUACAUAUGUAUGAAUAUAUCUACGUCGGUAUGUUACACUCUUUGCCAUCACUCUAGCGACUUCAUUCCUCAACGGAAUUUCAUGAAACUUCAUACAAGUGUUUAGUAUGACAAUACAUUGAACAAGUUCGCAUUUAGGGUUUCUAAGGUCAAGGUCAAGCUAGCUAGGUCACUGUUUCUCUUUUUUUUCGGGGAAAGAAAUUUGUCAUCACUCUAGCGACUUCCUUACUUAAUGGAAUUUCAUGAUACUUCAUAUAAGUGUUUGGUAUGGCAAUGCCCUGAACAAGUUCUCCUUCGAAUUUCUGCGUUGAAGGUCAAGGUCACUGUUAAACUGUUUGUAGAAAUACACUUUGUCAUCGCUCUAGCUUCUUGCAUGUGUCAGAAUGUGUGAAUGCAAGGGGAGUUGUAUCACUUGUGAUGCCUUGGUUAUUUUACAACAAUUAUGAAAACAAGUUACUUCAACUGAUAUCAAUCACUCUUGUUGGCCCGGGUAUUAUCGUGCUGGGAGUCCUAAUGUGGGAGGAAACCGGAGAUACUAAAGAAAACCCACGUGGUCGGGCAAGUGAACCCCAUAACCUAUUCACGUUAAAUUGGUGAAUCAAACCCUGUUCACCUUGGUGAAAGGCGAGUGUUUUAUCCACUGCAACAUCCGACCACCCUUCAACUCUUUUCUUUAAGGUUUGUCUGUUGUCAGAGUUAUGUGAAAAAUAGAGGGUCGUGCCAAUGUGUUAUGACAUUUCAGUGAGAUACAGAGAUAGCACUAAAAAGUAGUGGUUGAGUGGUCCCGUCAUCUGUAGACAUCGUCGUCUGCAUAUAACCUAUAUAUGAAAAAAUGAAUAAAAAAAUAACGAGAAGAGGAAGAACCUGUGUAUGUUUCAAGGAUUCAAAAUCCUAAAAUGUAUCAUAUUGUAAAAUAUGCAGUUUUCACGAA